GGGGCGGGCCCGGGGCGGCGCGGAGGCUGGCGGCGAGCUCCGCGGGCUGCUGUCGCCUUACCGGCAGCUGCGGCUGGAGGACAGACAGACGGAGCCGCUAGGGCCGGGAGCCGCUCGGGGCAAGGCUCGGCAGAGCGGGCCCCACCAUGAGGCCCCAGCCCCGCGGGAGCCCCCGUGCUCCCUUGGCCCCGAGCGCGCCCUGCUAGCCCGCCGCCAGGGGCGAAGAAGGGGGGAGGCGCGGUGGCCAUGGCCAGCCACGUGGACCUGCUGACCGAGCUGCAGCUGCUGGAGAAGGUGCCCACGUUGGAGCGGCUGCGGGCCGCCCAGAAGCGCCGGGCGCAGCAGCUGAAGAAGUGGGCGCAGUACGAGCACGACCUGCAGCACCGCAAACGCAAGCAUGAGCGGAAGCGCAGCGCGGGCGGCCGCCGCAAGAAGGUGGCCUUCGAGGCUAGCGUGGCGCUGCUGGAGGCCUCGCUGAGGAACGACGCCGAGGAAGUGCGCUACUUCCUGAAGAAUAAGGUCAGCCCCGACUUAUGCAAUGAGGAUGGACUCACAGCCCUGCAUCAGUGCUGCAUUGACAACUUUGAGGAGAUCGUCAAGCUGCUCCUUUCCCACGGUGCCAACGUGAAUGCCAAGGACAAUGAGCUGUGGACACCCCUGCACGCCGCCGCCACCUGCGGGCACAUCAACCUGGUGAAAAUCCUCGUUCAGUACGGCGCCGACCUGCUGGCCGUGAACUCCGACGGGAACAUGCCCUAUGACCUGUGCGAGGACGAGCCCACCCUGGACGUCAUCGAGACGUGCAUGGCCUACCAGGGCAUCACCCAGGAUAAAAUCAACGAGAUGCGAGCGGCUCCAGAGCAGCAGAUGGUCUCCGACAUCCACUGCAUGAUCGCGGCGGGCCAGGACCUGGACUGGAUCGAUGGCCAGGGCGCCACACUGCUACACAUCGCUGGGGCCAAUGGAUACCUGCGGGCCGCUGAGCUCCUCCUGGACCACGGGGUGCGCGUGGACGUGAAGGACUGGGAUGGCUGGGAGCCCCUGCAUGCGGCUGCCUUCUGGGGACAGAUGCAGAUGGCGGAGCUGUUAGUGUCCCACGGGGCCAGCCUCAGUGCUAGAACAUCCAUGGAUGAGAUGCCAAUAGACCUGUGUGAGGAAGAGGAGUUCAAAGUCCUGCUGCUGGAGCUGAAACACAAGCAUGACGUGAUCAUGAAGUCCCAGCUGAGGCACAAGUCGUCUCUGAGCCGGCGGACGUCCAGUGCGGGCAGCCGCGGGAAGGUGGUGCGUCGAGCCAGCCUGUCGGACAGGACCAACCUGUACAGGAAGGAGUACGAGGGAGAGGCCAUCCUGUGGCAGCAGCGGAGCGCCACGGAGGACCAGCGGACCUCCACCUACAACGGGGACCUCAGGGAGACCCGGACAGACCAGGAGAAUAAAGACCCGAACCCCAGGCUGGAGAAGCCCGUGCUGCUCUCUGAGUUUCCCACCAAGAUCCCCCGAAGUGACAUGGACAUGCCUGUCGAGAACGGCCUCCGGGCUCCGGUCAGCACCUACCCAUACGCGCUGUCCAACGGAGAUGUCUGGAAGGUACACGAGAUGCCCGAUUACAACGUGGCCUACGUCAACCCCGGCGUGGCCGAGGCCACCCCUCCCUGGACUGGCUACAAGGAACAGAGCCCCCAGACGCUUCUGGAACUGAAGCGGCAGCGGGCGGCAGCCAAACUACUCAGCCAUCCCUUCCUGAGUACCCACCUGGGCGGCAGCAUGGCCCGGACGGGCGAGAGCAGCGGCGAAGGCAAGGCCCCCUUGAUCGGAGGCAGAACUUCCCCGUACAGCAGCAAUAGCAGCUCGGUGUAUUACACGGUCACCAGCGGCGACCCCCCGCUCCUGAAGUUCAAGGCGCCCAUGGAGGAGAUGGAGGAGAAGGUCCAUGGCUGCUGCCGGAUCUCCUAGUCUCUGUGUGACGGAGGAGGAGAGAGAGGCUUGGGGG